AUGGAUCACACGGAAGAGCUGGCUGAGGACGCGCUUGCCGCCAUCCUCGGCCGCCUACGGCCGCGGGACCUCGCCGCGUCCCGCUGCGUGCGCAAGGCGUGGCGCGCCAUCGUGGACGCCCGGCGGCUGCUGCUCCCACACCUCCUCCCGCACUCGGUGGAGGGCAUCUUCGCAAACUGUAGCGACUACAAUCAUGAAAACUACCACGAAUACCAUCGGCCGCACUUCCUCGGCCGCCCCUCCACGCAGCAUCCCGGCGUCGACUACGGCAACCUCCACUUCCUACCCGGCUACACCGACGAAGAUUACGCCGCAGCCAUCGUGGAUCAGUGCAAUGGCCUCCUGCUCUACGACUACGAGAGGGAGUUGUGUGUGGUCAACCCCGCGACGCGAUGGUGGGAGCGUCUUCCGGCAGACACGGCUUUCUACGGAGAAUGUUGUGCCUCCUAUUUGGCGUUUGAUCCUGCCGUGUCGCCGCAUUACGAGGUGUUCUCGAUCCCGCCCAAGGAUCUAGGCUUGUUUGACCUGAGUGACUGCAAACCAGCCAAAGUGCCACCAGAAGAGCUCGUCGAAGAGAACUUCACGGUUAUCAUUGUCUGA